AUGGCGCCUCCAAAGGUGCUAAUGCUCGUCAAUGCAGAGCUUGGGCAGGCUAACGUCUUCAUCGCUACCGCGCAUGCCCUGCUCCAAGAGAAUCCAGGCGUCGACAUUCACUUCGCCUCAUUCCCAGCGCUGCAAGAAACACUCCGCGAUGCUCUCGGCGGCGCAGGCGACCAUGGCUCUGCACCCUUCACCUUCCACCCGCUGCCCGGCCGCGCAAUGUUCAAAUGCUUCCAGGAGGAGGAGGACCUGAACAACAAUAUCCACACCGUCUCGCUGCAGAAGCCUGGAGUCUGGAACUCGCCUAAUUCGCAAAAAUUCAUCAUGACAAAGGCAUUUCUCUGCUGGACGGCCGAGGAGUUUGCCUCAAUCUAUAAGUCUGCGGACGCCAUUAUCGAUCACGUCAAACCUGACAUCGUCCUAGUAGACACCAUUUUCACGCCCGCCAUCACUGCGGCCAGAGAUAUCCGAGCCAACGGGCCCAAGGAUUACAAGCUAGCGAUCCUGUCGCCCAACACCUUGAAAGAUUUUGUCCAUCACCUCGAGCCGGGGCUAGCAGCGUUCUGGAAGUGGCCAGUUGUUGCGUCUGCUAACAUAAUGCCGAUUCCGUGGUAUUGGAUCCCGUUCAACAUUUACCUCGUCCUUCGCAUGAUCUGGCUCGUGCUAACUAACAAGAACGUGGCGAAUAUGGGGAAGAAGGUCGGAAAGCUUGUUGGCUCACCAAACCUUGAGAUCGCGGAGAAUAUCAGCCUUUGCCAUAACAACAUGAAGGGCAUCGACAAAAUUUUCAUCGGAAGCCGGGCAGAGGUCGAUUUCCCCCAGCUGGAUCUCGUCAACCUACCGCAAGACUACUGGGCAAAGAUUGUGCCUUGUGGGCCUAUCGUACGGCCCGUCCAGCCCAUAGACGCCGAGCUUUCGGCAUGGCUGCAACGCAGACCUACUGUGCUGGUGAAUCUAGGGUCUCAUUGCGUUGUGAACGAAACAGAGGCGGUGGACAUGGCACGCUCCUUGAGGCAGAUGCUGGACCAUUCGCGAAAGUCCGGCAAGGAGCUACAAGUGCUGUGGAAGAUGAAAAAAGACUCGAUCCGCAGUCCAGACUUGGAGACUGGCCCUGGGUCAGUCUUAUAUGAGGUUCUCGGCUCUGAGAUUGACAAGGAUAUCGUGCGCAUUGUUCAGUGGCUAUCAUCAGAGCCAAACUCCAUACUGGGGACGGGGACAGUUGUGUGCGUCAUUAAUCACGGUGGAGCAAAUUCAUUCUACGAGGCCGUAUGCGCUGGAGUACCGCAGGUCAUCGUCCCUUGCUGGCUUGACACCUAUGACUUCGCCAACCGAGCCGAACUCCUUGGAAUCGGGCGGUGGGGAAGCCCAAAGGGUUGUCCUCGCUGGACGGAAUCAGAAUUUGCGCCGAUUCUGGUGGAUGUAGCCAUCGAAAACAACGAGAAAUACAAUGCGCGGUCGAGACAAAUCGCCGAAAUCUGCAGCAGAGACGGCGGUGGUAGGGUGACAGCGGCUCGUAAGAUCUUGGAAUGGCUGCAAUUUUAA